UUUCUUGUUUCGUCAUCUCAAUUCAUCUUACAAUUGAAUCUUUCUUUCUAUAUCUUUCGACCCAAAAGGAUCUUCUCUCUUUCUCUCUCUAGAGCAAGGUUGACUAGCCGCGGGAUUCCCUAUGAGUUUCAUGGUGGGGUUUCUGAGAUUGUAAGAAGAAUCUUGAACAAACAACAAAGAAACAGGCUUUCAAGGAGUCUCAAAAGGUUUAAAGAACCAAAAGAGAUGAUUAUUACAAGCUUUGACACAUACAUAGCGAUAUGAACAAUAAAGUUAAGAUCUUUAAAUAAAAUCCUUGGGAUUUUAACUACAAAAUUAGAGCAAUGGAUGACAGCGUUUUUUCUCCUAAUAACAUGUUUGGGAAUCCAUCCGAAUCCUUAAUGGAUUACGAUUACAUGGAUGAACUUUUAUUAGAUGGUUGUUGGUUACAAGCAACAGAAGGAUCCGAGUUCAACAACAACAACAACAACAAUUCCCUUUUCGACACUCCAUUUCUAUGGCCAACUUUUGAAGACAUUCAAGAACAUCAAGAAAGAUCACCACUUCUCAAGAAUCUUCCAGAAGAUGUGAUUCAAUCAAAAACCCUCGUGAGUAAUUCAUUAGGAUUUCACAACCAAUCUGAAAACCUUCAAAUCGAAAGCCAAAGGUGGUGGAUCCCACCAGGAAUUGGCCCAUCAUUAUCCGUGAAAGAAAGAUUGAUUUAUGCAAUCGAGAAUAUAAGACAUUCCACUAUUCAUAGAAACAUGCUUAUUCAAAUAUGGCUACCAGAAAAUCGAGAAGGAAAGAAGGUUUUAAGUACAAGCUCUCAACUUUCUUCACUUGACACAAAUUGCCCUCAACUUUCCUAUUAUAGAAAUAUAUCCGAAGGGUAUCAUUUUCCGGCUGAGGGCAAUUCAAAGGAGAUUGUAGGGUUACCUGGAAGGGUAUUUAUGGGAAAAGUUCCGGAAUGGACACCGGAUGUUCGGUUUUUUAAAACGGAGGAGUAUCCGAGAGUUGGUCAUGCUCAAGAGUUUGAUGUUAAAGGGAGUGUUGCAGUUCCUGUUUUUGAUAGGGAUAGUCAAAGUUGUCUUGGUGUUAUUGAAGUUGUUAUGACUACUCAAAAGAGUAGUUAUAAUCCUGAGAUUGAAGGUGUUUGUAAAGCUCUCGAGGCCGUUCAUCUCCGGAGCUCCGAGUCUUCCAACUCCAAGAACUUCAAGGUAACGGACGGUUUAAACGAAGCCGCCUUAACCGAAAUCAUCGAGAUCCUCAAAACCGCAUGCAAAACCCACAACUUACCCUUGGCUCAAACGUGGGUCCGGUGCAUCCAACAAGGCAAAGACGGUUGUCGCCACUCGGACACCAACUUAAUCCAUUGUAUAUCGACUGUGGACCCCGCAUGCUAUGUCCACGAACUGCGUUUCAAAGAUUUUCAAGAAGCGUGUUCGGACCACCACUUGUUAAAAGGCCAAGGGGUGGUGGGCCGCGCUUUCACCACCAAUCAACCGUGUUAUUUCUCAGACGUGACAUCAUUGACAAAAACCGAGUACCCACUCUCACACCAUGCACGGAUGUUUGACUUACGUGGGGUUGUGGCGAUAAGGCUUAGAAGCACUUUCACGGGUGAUAUUGAUUAUGUUUUGGAGUUUUUUUUACCGGUUGAUUGUAAAGAUGAAGAGGAGCAAAAGGGGUUGCUUAAUUCUUUAUCGGUUAUUAUACAAAAUGUUUGCCGGAGUUUACGGGUGGUUACGGAUAAGGAGUUGGCGGAGGAAGGUGGUGCGGUGGUGGUUACGGGUGGACGGGCGGUGAAAGUUGAAGAGAUUUCGGAGAAAAUUGGGGAGGUGAGUAGGAAACAAGGGGGUGAUGGUGGUUCCGGCGAGGGUAGUUUCGUCAAUGAUGGGAUUAAACGGACGGAGAGACGGCGGGGUGGUGCUAAGACGGAGAAAACGAUUACUUCGGAAAUGCUUAGACAGUAUUUUGCGGGUAGCUUGAAAGAUGCAGCUAAGAAUCUUGGGGUCUGUCCAACAACUUUAAAACGAAUUUGUCGACAACACGGGAUCCAAAGAUGGCCAUCUCGCAAGAUUAAAAAAGUCGGUCAUUCCUUACAAAAGAUCCAACUUGUCAUGGAUUCAGUCCAUGGAGCCUCAGGCUCCUUCCAAAUUGAGUCUUUUUACUCAAACUUCCCAAACCUCGCUUCUUCAGACCCAAAAACAGGCCCAUUUUCACCAAAGCCCAUCGAGGGUACUAUCACCAAAUCAUCACUCUCCCCAUCAUGCAGCCAAACUUCAAGUUCAGGCCAAUCAUCUUCCAGUGGGACCCACCCGACCAAUGACGAACCCAUUUUGAAACGGGCCCGCAGCGAUGCCGAGCUUCAUGUCUCCAUUUAUAAUCAAGAUCAAGAACAAGAACUAAAGGUGCUUCAAAGAUCACAUAGUCAUAAGUUACUCACUGAAGUCCCGAUAACUCAAAAUCGUCCCCCAAAAAGUGCGAGUUCUCGAGAUGAGAAUGUGUCGAGGGUUAAAGUUACUUUUGGGGAAGAAAAGAUUCGUUUUCGAUUGCAAAAAGAUUGGGGAUACAAUCAACUACUUGAAGAAAUCGCGAAGAGGUUUUGUAUAGGCGAUAUAAACGGGUUUCAUUUGAAGUAUUUUGAUGAUGAUUCUGAAUGGGUUCUUUUGACUUGUGAUGCGGAUUUAGAGGAGUGUGUUGAUGUUUAUAGAUCGUGUAAAACAGGGACGAUUAAACUUGCGCUUUCUGAGGCUCAACAUGUGGGGGGCAGUUUUGGUAGCACCGUGAUUUUAUAAAGACCCGACCCAAAUCCAACAGGUUCAUCUCUAGUGGGCUGUGUUUGAUGGGUCGAUACGGUUUUUUGGGUAAGACCCAUGAAGGAUUUGGGUUGAUGUGUAUCGGGGGGUUGUGCGUGUGUGCAUUAAAGAGUUGUAGUAUACAGCGUGCUCGAUGGGUCAAGACAAGGUUUUCUAGCCAAACUAGUGAAGGGUUCGGCUUAAAUGUUGAGGGUGGUCAUCGGGAUGCAUUGAUGGGGGUUGUACAAUGCGAAUAGUCAACCAAGGGCAGGUGGUUGAAGUCAAGAAAAUCUUGGUCAAAGUUAUAGUUAUGGUGGUGGUAUUAAAGUUUGGUAGUUUGAAUAUAAAGUUUGUAUUAUAUGAAUGUUUUGGUUUGUACAAAUUAAAUCCAUAGUAGGUAUUUAUUUUCAAGGUUGCCACUUGUACAUUCUUGUAGUUGAUUAAAACGGGUCGAUGGACAACAUAUCAAAACGGCUGAUAUUUGGCAUCAAUUCGGUUGAUCCGAAAUUUCCCUUUAUAAAUUUUUGUGUUGAACUUUUAUGUAUAGUUUUUGUUAAGGGUGUGUAUGAGGC